CGUGCGCAUGCGUGUUUCAAAGAUGGACCGGACCGGAUCAUGGAGCUUGUGUCCGGAAUACUGAACCAAGUUUGGCAUCUGACGGGACUGACCGACGUGACGAACCACAAGAGAAGCAGAAAGAUGGAGGAGAAAGCUCUUGAGGUUUAUGAUGUGAUUCGAACGAUUCGUGAUCCAGAGAAGCCCAACACUCUAGAAGAACUGGACGUGGUGACAGAGAAAUGCGUGGAGGUCCAGGAACUCGGAGACGAUGAAUAUUUGAUCAUCAUUAAGUUCUCCCCGACUGUACCGCACUGUUCGCUGGCCACUCUGAUAGGUCUUUGUUUACAAGUAAAACUGCAACGCUGCCUGCCGUUCAAACACAAGCUGGAGAUUUACAUAACUGAGGGAACGCAUUCAACCGAGGAAGAUAUUAACAAACAGAUUAACGAUAAGGAACGUGUGGCAGCUGCGAUGGAGAAUCCGAACCUGCGGGAGAUUGUGGAACAGUGUGUGACCGAACCAGACGACUGAGUCUGCAAUAAACACACACACACACACACACACACACACCUCUGACACCUGUGGAAAUGAUUUCAGAUUUCAUCCCAUUUCUCGAGAGACGAGACGUUGCUCCGGAUAAAGGAUAAAGGUCUCCACCCUCUCUCUCUCACCGUCUGUUCAUUCAACUUCUCCAUUCGUUCGUUUGUUCUUUCAAGUCUGACUCAAGCUGAGAGACAUAAAACAACUUCCUGCUAAACUUGAGUUCCUGGUUAAACAUCCAAAAUGUUGCAUGAAGUUUUCAUCAUGGGAAGACUUUUAAAGGGACAGUGCACAGUAUUUACUCGCCCUCAUAUGGAAGCCCUGAACCGCACUGUGAAAAGGUUUCAAUAGGUGAAUUUUUUUGAGGUGCCUUACAAAUAUAUAUAUAUAUAUAUAUAUAUUUUUUUUUUUUCUCAAUUUUUUUAAACCGUUAGGUUGCAUAUGUUUCAUACGCCAUUCGUUUUCAAGUGUGACAACUGGAGUUAUUUCAGAUAAUGUGCUUCUUUUAAAUGGUUGGCCCAUGUGAACAUGCACUAGAUGGAUGUCUUUGCCCAUUUCGAAGCCUCUCGCUGUAGUAAGCUCAGUAACGAUGCAUAUCCUCGAGACCGAGGGACAACUGGACGAUGAGGGA